UCAUAGCAUAAUGAAAUUAUAACCCCACCAGAAAAAUGCACACAUGGACCCAAAAGUUUGCAUAUGGUUCUGAGAGAUUUAUGACUUUCCAAAGUAAACCCUUAAAAGUCCAGAUGAAGGAGGGGCACAAGGGGUGAAAGGAGGAAUUUAUAUGGUGAUGGACAAAUAAUAAUGUACAACUAAAAUUUCACAAUGUUACAAACUAUUAAGACGACAGUUAAAAAGUCCAGAUGAAAACAUAAAAGAUUAUUACACUGGAUGUUUUCCAAUUUCAUAUUUUAGCCCUCCUUUAUUGAACAUAGUUCAAGGGAAUGAGUGAAUGAAACAUUUUUAAAAGAAAUACAAAUUAUUCUUGGAAAAACAUUCUUAAAAAAGAAGAGAGGACAGAAACUUCAACAGAAAAAUUUCCCAGUGUCAAGUUUCUUCUAAUACCUGUGUGUGCUACCUAAAUAGAGGAAUAUAGUGAUAGUACCUUAUUUCUGUAUUUAAUUCAAGGCCACCUGGGAGAGUAGUACAUUUGUUUAAAACAAAACAACCGAAUUUUUAAAUAUCUUAUUUAUAUAUGUUUAAAAUACAGAACUCGGAUUAGUCUAACGCGAAUGUUGUGAACAUUCCUCUGUUCUUGGAGGCUGGACUGUUAACUGUUUUCAAAAGCUGAAGUCAUUGUAGCUGUUCCUUUGAGAAAAUUUGCUCUUUCUGCUAUUAAGUGGAAAACUUGAUCUCAGCCCUGUUUUUUGGGAGGAUUUGGUGGGUACCCAUUUCCUCUUGUUUCCUCAUUACAUUUGGCCAAAUUCGUCUUUUAUCGCAAACAGCAUUGAGUAACUUGUUACUCACUUUAGAGGUCCCCUGUGUGUCCGUUAUGACAUCCUCCUUUCUUUUUUGACUUGUGUGUAAACGGUUGUUUUAUAAUUUGUUUUAACGUGUGUGUGCGCGCGCGCGUGCGCAGGCACCCUGAGUAUGGGACUCGACCAAACGGCCUUUCUUUUGCGGUGAGUCGCGGAACUGGGUUUGAAGACCUGGAAGGGAGCUGGCCCUCCCCGGAGGGGGCGGGGCGGGUGGCGGACGUCACGGGGCAGCCCCGCCCCUACGGCCGGUGGCGCCAUCUUCCCCGGCUGCGGGAGGGGUCACAGGUCAGUGCUGGAGCCUCGCGGCGAGUGAAGGAGGACGAAGUGGGUGAACUGACCGGCCGUGGCCUUCAGGUCCCGACGGGUGCCUUUUCCUCGGGACAGCCCAAGAUUCUCCAAGAGGACAAUGGAUUCUGGAAGUCGCCCAGGUGGUAGCCACUGUAGCAGCCCUGCAGGGCUCUCACGGGAAUACAAACUCGUGAUGCUGGGUGCUGGUGGUGUAGGGAAAAGUGCCAUGACCAUGCAGUUCAUCAGCCAUCGAUUCCCAGAAGAUCAUGAUCCCACCAUUGAAGAUGCUUAUAAAAUCCGGAUCCGUAUUGAUGACGAGCCUGCCAAUCUGGACAUUUUGGAUACGGCUGGACAGGCAGAGUUUACAGCCAUGCGGGAUCAGUACAUGAGGGCAGGAGAAGGGUUUAUCAUCUGUUAUUCUAUCACUGAUCGUCGAAGUUUCCAUGAAGUUCGGGAGUUUAAACAGCUUAUUUAUCGAGUUCGACGGACUGAUGAUACACCUGUGGUUCUUGUGGGAAACAAGUCUGACUUAAAGCAGCUAAGGCAGGUCACCAAGGAAGAAGGAUUGGCUUUGGCCCGAGAAUUUAGCUGUCCCUUUUUUGAGACCUCUGCUGCCUACCGCUACUACAUCGAUGAUGUAUUCCAUGCCCUUGUACGGGAGAUACGUAGGAAAGAGAAAGAGGCAGUACUGGCCAUGGAGAAAAAAUCUAAACCCAGAAACAGUGUAUGGAGGAGACUAAAAUCACCAUUCCGGAAGAAGAAAGAUUCAAUAACUUGAAGGGAAGAUGUGGAGUGUUUAUCUGUGAACUGCAGUGCUUAAUCAAAGCAGUCCAGUAACCUGCAUUAGUGAGCAUGGUGCUUGCUCUUUCUCCUGUUAUGACCGUUAUUUUAAAAGUAACUGAUGAAGGGAACAUGCCUACUAGGAGUUUUCAAUGAUGUGGUAUUUAAAAUAUUGUCUCUUAGCUAAUUCUGAUUUAUUAACCCAGUGGAGCACUGUCUACUUUUAAAUUGUCUCAUUAGAAUUUGAUCACCCAUGUUUUGGGUCCUGUUGCUGAUAUUAAUUAAUUAAUGUCAAUUGUUUCUACCCAGGGGAAUAUGUAUACCAUGUGUGUUUGACUAAGCUCACAAGAGGAAUUUUUUGCCGUGCACUACUCCACAUUAUCUUUCAACUCCAGUUUCCUGGGACUAUCCCAGAGAAGGACUUCAGUCUUUUCUAUUCUAUUGCUUCCUGGAGACAGAACAAAAUCAUAGAGGGAAAUCCGUGCUAAAGAGAUCGGUGCUAACGUUCAGCAAAUAGCCGUGGAACUGUCUCCUGUUGCAGAUAAUGGAGUGAUGAGAUUUGGGGAAAUCAGGCCAUUUGUUUGCAGGAACUUGGCUAGCAAAAGGUAGGAUCAGAACAGUGUUCCCAUAUGAACCUGGCUCUUCUAAGAAGUACACGUUUGACCCAGAUGCGCUGGGUAGAUGAGAACAAACAGAAGCAUAUAAAAUGUAAUGAAGCUUUCUCUUAUGAGGUUAUUUUACUCUUCCUUUCAGGGUUUGCCUUUCUUUAGCUUCAAAGGUAAACACUUCGGGAACCAUUACUGGAUUACUGAACUCUCGUUUAAUCUAAAUCCUUGGUUGGGACAGCCAUUGCCUUGUGCAGGUUCAUUUUUUUCGCUGGAUAUGCACGCACCAAUAUAUUUAAAAUAAUUGCUUCCUCAUGUUUUCCCUUAGCUUCCCCGUGUUCUUUAGAAGAGGUAGGCCUGGCAAAAUGGUUUUUAGACCCUUCGUCAGACUGACUGCAUUUUCCAUACAGAAGUGACAUCAGGAGUUUGAGUAAAAUUGUGUAUGUGCCUCCUUGACGUUGACAAUCACUAGACUCACUGCUCGAAGAAAGCCUGUGGUAUUUCUGUUUAAUGAGCCAGUCUUGAAGCUUUAAAAUUCCCAUAUGUUGAGUUUCUCAUUGAAGAUUUCUUUACAAGGACCUUGCUAAGUUCAGCUCAGGGUAGUCUGAGCCUUGACAAAACUUAGCCUAAGAGAAUACCACUUUGAUACCUGUGCAUAGUUGAGAAACUGUUGUCCUGGGAAGAAACAGCUUUAAAUAUUGGUGGUGAGUUCUCCCUUUUAGAAUCAGGAUUAUUUUGAUAUCUGAAUUUGUUAUGUGUGGAGAUUAAGUGCAAAAGUGCUAAGAGUAAUGUAGUCUAUAUUGAACAUUAAAUGUCACUGAAGCAGUGUUUGUGUCCACUUUAAACUCUAAAAACAUGACUUUAUGUAGCACCACUUAAAAGCACACAGCUCAAAUUACUGUUUUCCAUUUCUAUUGCAGGCAGAAAGACAGGGUUGUUGUGUUUUUCCUUAUAGUCAGUGGUAUAUGUUCUAGGUUUAAAGAAAAGUGAUGAUUGUAACUCUUUUAGCUGUGUAGUGGUCCCUUUUCAAACUCCUGGAAAUGAUUUUGCCACCAAAUAAAUCAUGUUUUAUGGUACUCAAGCCAUCCAAAAGUGAAAGACCCAGAAUCUGAAUCUAUGCAGGACAAAAAUCUUUCAGGAAUCAUAGCACUUUGGAGAAGCGUGAAAAGAAAUACAGUGCAAUUCUAUUUUAACAGUAUUUCACAACAUUUAAACUAGCUUGGAGCCUUUUAAGUUUAAUGCCUUAGCUUCUCGUUACUAAUGACCUAUGGAAUUGUUAGUAGCAGCAAGGAAGAAGUUGACAGCUAUAUCAUUAUUUGAGAUAGUCAAAGCAGCAGAGAACAUUGCUAGAAAGAUCUGUAAAACAGGAGGGAAUCUGUAUUGUAUAUAAGAAAAAUAACAAAUUAGUGUCUUUUAAGACUAUCACUGUCAUUAUUUUGAUCGUUGGAUUAAUUAGCCCAUUAAUUAGUAUUGAGAAUUCUAUUCAUGGUGCUAAAUAGUAUGAGGGGUAUAAUACGUGUAAGUCGUAGCUCUAUUUUUAGUGAUAUAAUUUAUAAGCUCUAAGUAGUCAGCUUUAUCCAAUUUGAGGGCAUUAAAAUCAAUUACUGCCUGGAACUUUGAAGAGAGAAAAAUUCAGGGACAAGUUGAAAAGCACUGGAACUGUUCAUGUCCAUACUAGAUUGGUAAAUUACAAAAUUUAGAAGCUAGUCUCUAGAAUUAGCUGUUUAGAAUUCACAAAGGGAUAUAUGUUUUAACUUCAUGAUAUAUUAGCAAGAAUUGGUCUACUGUGAUGUUUGGGGAGGAGAGGGGAGAGAAAAGUUUUUCACUUAUGCACUUGUAUAUGAAGACAGUUUGUAUGACACAAUACAAAACUUUUAAACAACUUGUUGGGCUUUUCCUUUACUUAUGUGUGGGUAAAAAUGUUUGGAAUCAUUGUAAAGGAUCAUAUUAAGAAAAAAAUUUAAUACCAUGAGAUUUUAUAUUCUGGAAAAUAUUGAUUAAAAAAAAUUGAGUGCCCACCAUGUACAGAACACCUGUGCCAAGUGCUAGGGAGCAUGCAAUGGAAUGCUGCUUCAUUCGGAGAUUACCUCUUCGGUGGGGAGACAGGAAAAACACACAUUGAAAAUGGUAGUGAUUUGCCCCCGAUCAAGGGUUAAAGUUGUUUCAAGUAUGUAUAUUAAAUGUGAGAGAAUGAGGAAUAAUUUUUUAUGUGAAGGUCAUUUCCCUUAUCGCCACUACUCUAAAUGGGCGUCAGUGUUGGUAGAGAGGACUUAGUUUGGACGUUAAGGGAAUGUAUUUUUGUGUCUUCAUUAUUUAACAUUUAUUGACUGGUCAGUAACUGUCAGUGUGGUCCACCACAUGAGGAAUGGAUGAGCAGCAUUCCAUUUUCUAAUGUAACCUCUGUCUGUUUGGGUAGGCAAUGAAAUUACAGUCCAAGUAUUUACGAGCCUCUUCUGUGCCCUAAACACUGUUUUAAGAGCUGUGAGGAAUUCAAAGAAAUAUAUCCCUGCUCAUGAGCUUUGAUAAAAUUUACAUAUACAAAACUAGAGAUCAAUCUUUUUUUGUGUGUGUGUGAGGAAGAUCGGCCCUGAGCUAACAUCCAUGCUAAUCCUCCUCUUUUUGCUGAGGAAGACCGGCUCUGAGCUAACAUCUAUUGCCAAUCCUCCUCCCUUUCCUUUUCCCCAAAGCCCCAGUAGAUAGUUGUAUGUCAUAGCUGCACACUCUUCUAGUUGCUGUAUGUGGGACGUGGCCUCAGCAUGGCCGGAGAAGCGGUGCGUCGGUGCGCGGCGGGGAUCCGAACCCGGGCUGCCAGCAGCGGAGCGCGCGCACUUAACCGCCAAGCCAUGGGGCCGGCUCGAGAUCAAUCUUAAAGUAGUAGAUUAUGUGCUUCAAACUGGAAAUGUUAUAUUAAUUCAAAGAAGGAAGGAAUUGGUAUGGCCAGAGCUGACUCUUGAAUAGCUAAUGGGAGCUAAAGCUCAUGAUAAAUAAUUGAUAGUCUUGCACUUUUUCCAAACUCAAUCUUGAGAAGGGUGAGACAGAAAAAUCUGAAGUCUUAUUUUUUAGGAGUCCUUAUUAACUUUGACAAGCACUUGCUUUAAAAGAUGGUUCAAUACUCAAAAUAGAUUUGCAGUAAUCCUGGAUUUGCUCAAGCUUCAAAUUAAAAUUUAUUUUCAAAUUGCUCUUCCCACAUUUCAUCAGCUCAGCUUGAACUGAAACUUAGGUGAUAUUACCAUACAGGGAAGUAGUUGGAAAUCCUAGUUCUCUGACUAAAGAGAUUAUCACUGUGUGCUCUAAAUCUUCUCAUUGCACAAAUCAAUUUUAUCUUUCUCCCCUGUCUCCUCACUAAGAAUUGCUGUGAGGGCCGGCCCAGUGGCUUAGCGGUUGAGUGCACACACUCCACUGCUGGCAGCCCGGGUUCGGAUCCCGGGCGUGCAGCAACGCACUGCUUCUCCAGCCAUGCUGAGGCCGCGUCCCACAUACAGCAACUAGAAAGAUGUGCAGCUAUGACAUACAACUAUCUACUGGGGCUUUGGGGGAAAAAUAAAUAAAUAAAAUUAAAAAAAAUAGCUAUAGCAUGAAUUAGAAUAAGUAAAGAAAAUAGCAACUGUAUUUGUAUUUUACUCAAGUUUUGACAAAUUUUUUUCAGUGAAAGUUGGGAGAUGAGUCUGUUACUAUUCUUCCUUGGUUUAUUAAACCGUGCUUCAGUGGUGUGCUGUUCGCCUGUUUGUCUAGACUGCACCCAUAUCCAUGAAGAAAGCCUAAAGCUGCCUUAGCUCUUGUCUGCAGAAAGCACAUUCUCCUUUGAUGAGUUGAAUUGAAUUGACUUGCCUCCUGUUUGGCAUCACUAUUUAGGAGCACAGGACCAAGUAUGGCCUGGAGGAACCAGGAUGGAUUUUAGUUUUUAGGAAAUGUGGUCAGAUAGCAUAAGUGAGUCAACCCACCUAUAGAGCCUUGCAGACCUCUUUCCCUUCACUGUCCAGAUGGUCAGGGCUGGGGCGUGGCCAGCUUCCUUAGGCUAAAAUGAGAUAGUUAACGUAACCAAAGACUUAUAAGACGUGGUUUCUGCUCCUGGGGCGUUAUUGAUUGGGAAGACAGGGCAAUAAAUAGGCAACAUAAAAACAGACAUUACAUUGACUGAUUAAAAGAAUACAUUGAAAGAUCUAGGAUUGAAUUGGUAGGUGGAAUUAGACCAUGGAAAUUUCUCAAAAUGGUAGUUUGGAGAGGACGAAAAGUGUGACUUGGAACAACAGGAAAGUCAAGAGUCACGUAUGUAGGAGAACUCCGAUGCAGGAUUUGAGAGUGGGAAAGUCAGGACUCGUGUUGUACCUGGAAUGGGUGUCAAGAAGCAAGCUUGAGGUUAAAGGGUAAGAGCUGAUAAUAGCAAGAGACCAAUAGAGCAGGACUAAUUGGGUGAAAAGCCGUGAAGGCCGGACUGAGGUGUGUAGGGUUCCCAAAUACCUGGUUAUUCUGGAUCAGAAACAGCUGGAGAGUUGUUUUGUUUUUCAUUUUCUCAGCCUCUGAAAAUUUGGAUCUGAUAGAUCUCUGAUAGGACCCACGAAUUUAUAUUAAAACAAAAACCUCCCCAGGUGAUUCUGAGUGCAGCCAUUCCUAGUUCAGGAAUCACUGAGCUGGAUGAUGUCACAGUGUCUUGGGAGAUCACUGGAGGACUAUGUAAAGCAAUGAUAGGUUGUAGUUACCAGGUGGGGAAAAUUUUAGUGGCAAUAUACAGAAUGGUGUGGGGAUGGGGAGCAGCUGGGAGUAAGCAACAAGAAGGAUGCUGCAAUAGUUCACAAGUAAGGAAACAAGGGAUUUGGCUGUGGGGACACGCAAGAAAAAUAAACUCAUGCCUUGUUAUGAAGGAAACUACUGGAUAGAACAAAGGACUUUUAGGUCUUAAUGUUUGGGAUAUUCUGAAAUUUCCAAUCAACUUUUAAACAUGAAUUGGCCUUGAAACAAAAUUACUGAAAUGUUUUAGCUUUGUCUAAUAGUCCUUGCUUAAAAAACACCCCAAAAACCGAGAUGAGCAGCUUUUGGUUCAGAGUGUACAUUCCUCAGCACACAUGAUCAUAUCAUGAAGUCACUCAGUUUUUUUAACAAAAGCUGCUGGGGUGGGGACAUGUGUCAUUUCCUGCCCUUCCCAGAGCUGGGUAUUGCUAGAGUUUAUUACAGUUUGCUCUGAGCCAGAAGAAAGUAGCUCCAGAAACAUCCCCUACCAGAUGGUUUCCCUAGUUUCCUCGCAGAGGAGUGUGUAGGUAAGGGAGUGGAAGCAGAGAAGUUGAUGGUUUAUAUGAAGGUGAGUCCAAAUAUGUGCUCAAAUACAGUGUAAUCCAACAUAAAAUCUCUGCUGGCAGGAAGGCGUGCAUGCACAUCAAUUUAGUUAGAAAUAACUUGCACAGUCCCACCCAAAACAUUAUGGCCACUCUUAUUUUCAUAUCCUUAGACUCCUCAAGAGAAUAUGUGGGUCUAGUUGCAGGUAAUAUCCACCCACCACCCCCCAAAAAACAAUAACAAAAACAAAACUCAACUCUAGACCAAACUUCUGUUGAAACUCUGACUCAGAAUAAGUAAGAAGAAGAGGCAAAGUCUUUUCAUGUUUGCUUUAGGUCUGCUUCCUAGACAGCAGUUUGUUCCUGCCUGUCUGUCUUCCUUGAACAAACCUUUAUGGAGUGUCUGCUGCAUGCCAGGCAUUGUACUGGGUGUUGGGAACUCAAAAAUGAAUAAAAACAAGCUUGGAGUCUCA